ACACACUCACACACACAAAACACAGAGAUUCGUAACUGUCACAUUAAGGAGAGCAGGAUGUGCAUUUAAACGCCUGCGGAAGAAAGGAUUUAUAAAGUUUGAUACUCAACGAAGAUAACCACAGCAAAGGAAGGAAGGAAGGAAGGAAGGACGGACGGAAGGGCGAAAGGAAGACGGGAAGGAAGGAAGAGGCAAGACAGAGAGUAAGACAAGAGAGGCGAGGAAAGAGGGUGAGAGGUGCGCUCUCCAGUGAGAGGCCGGAGGGCAAAAGGUUUGGGGUCGCACCAGGGAAAGUGGAACGGACACGCCCCUUCCACCAUGACGCUGCUGCUGCUGCUGCCGCCCAUGUCUGAGAGGAUGGUGGUGGCGGUGGUAGUGGUGUUGGCUACACUCACGCUGCACCUAGCGGAGUGUGGUGGGGGGUCGGUGGAGCACCUGCUGCGCUCCCUGCAGGAGACCAUGCAAGGGGGACACAGAUCGUCCCAGUUUUCUGAGUUGCUCAAGAACUUCAAAAGUUUCUCGUGCACCACGCGACAGGACGGAGUCUACCCCGACCUUGCAUCCAGUUGUGCCCUCUAUUACAGGUGUCUGGACGGAGCGGUAUACUCCUACUCCUGCCCCCCAGGUGAACUACUGGACUAUGGGAGCGAUGAGUGUCGACCCUCAGGGGAGGUCACCUGCCCUCCCCUGCCACCUACCUCGCCUCCCUGUCACAACCAGACCAACGGAUAUUACCCAGACUACACGCACGGCUGCAGGGCCUACUACAGGUGCAACAACGGUAGUCUAUCGGGACGAUGGUGGUGUGAGGAUGGGGCAGUGUGGGACUCGUCCACGGGAUCCUGCGGCAAAGGUCCUAGCUUGGUGUGCUCACCGCCUUGCUGGGGGCUCCCAGAUGGCCCACAUCCUGCACCUGCGUCCUCCUGCACCUCCUACUUCACUUGCAGCGACGGCGUCAGGACCGAUCAUGUCUGCCCCUACAGCAACAUAUUCGACUACUCCCUCAAGCGGUGUGUAGCAAGCACGUCGUCAGUGUGUUACGAACAGGCUUGUGAGGGGCGUGUCAAUGGUCUCCAUGCUUCCCUACACGCCCCCUGCCACUCCUACUUUCGCUGCUUCAAUGGUGCCCUUGUCAAGCUGGAGGAGUGUCCUCGACACCAAAUCUUCGACGGUCGCCGCUGUGUCUCCGCGCAUAAUUUCUCCUGCUGGGGGGAAGGCCGCGGAACCUGCGAGGGACGAGAUGACGGGUUUCACGUAGCCUCCGACUCUGACUGUCGUGGCUUCUUCUUAUGUCGUCAUCAGCAAUUCAUUCGUGCCUUCAUAUGUUCACCUGGGCUUGUUUUCAAUGGCCGAGAAUGUGUCGACGACCAGAAUAUCAUCUGUACCUUACGGCCGCGCCUCCCAGACUGCUCCACUAAGAUAGACGGAUAUUAUACCGUUGAGAAAACUAGUUGCAAAACAUUUUUCUACUGUCGAGGAGGCAGUAAGCUCAGCGAGCACACGUGUCCUGGAAGCCACGUGUUCAACGGUGAUCAGUGUGUAGACCCCAUGCUUUACCCUUGUCCUGGGCGACCAGGUCCCCACCUUCCUAGUAACUUCACCAACAGGGUAGCUCGCUCUCCAGGCACCCACGACACUGACUGCAGCUCACGCCCUAACGGCUACUACCUGGAUGUUACUUCACACUGCACACGCUUCUUCUACUGCCGUGAGGGGACAAAGGAAUCUACGAAAUUAUGUCCUCCUCAGCAGAAGUUUAAUGGUAUGCGCUGUGUACCAGAGAAUUACUACACCUGUCCAGUGAUUGCUGACGCGACAGACUGCCUCUUACGAGGUGAUGGAGUGUACCAGGACCUGCAAGACUCUUGCAACUCUUACUAUGAAUGCAUUUCUGGAGUAAAAAUGCACUACAUAUGUCCCGAUGGCCAACUACACGAUGGGCAGGUGUGUCGGGAAGCCUCGCAGGUGUACUGUCCGGCCUCCACGCUGUGUUAUUCCCGCAGCGAUGGAAAUUUCGUGGACACUGAUCGAGGGUGCCAGGGUCACUUCCUCUGCCAGAACGAGACACUAAUGUGGUACCGUGCGUGUGGCGCAGGUGAGGUGUACAACGGACGAAUGUGUAUGCCCAGUUUUUUCUACACCUGUCCCUCCAGUGUCAACACAGCUUGUGUGGCUAAGGUUGACGGCAUCUAUCAAGACCUGUCAACUGGGUGCCGACAGUAUUAUACAUGCAGUGGCGGGGUGCAGGUGCAGAGGCAAGAAUGUCCUCCAAGGAUGGUGUUCAACGGAGUGACUUGCGUCAGACAAGAAACCUACAUGUGCAGCAGUGACGGCACUAAGCAGCAGUGCCCCUACCACCAGAGAGGCGUCUUCCAGGACAUCCAUUCAGGCUGCAAGAGGUACUACUACUGCUACGACGGCCAGAAGUUGGUUCAUCACUGUCCACAAGACAAAGUGUUCAAUGGGCAGACAUGCGUUGUCAAAAGCCAGUACACGUGCCCAGAGCCACCGACCAUCAGUGUAGACGAGUGUCACCACAGUGACGGCUACUACCCUGACCUCAACACUUACUGUCAAGGCUUUUACUAUUGCAGUUCGGGACGUCGCAUUAACUUCAAAUGUCCUAACGGGAAGGUCUUCAAUGGUGACUCUUGUGUCUCGAAGGAUCAGUUUACAUGUCCAGGGAGUUCCCCCUGUAAAGAAAUGAACAAUGGCUUCUACCAAGAUAUCAUAUCCAGCUGCCGUAAAUACUUUUAUUGUAACGAAGGUCUGAAGUAUGAGUAUGAGUGUGGGAGUGGGCAGGUACACGACGGUAGGAGCUGCGUGCCUUCCUCCACCUACACCUGCCCAACCUCCACUCAUGAUCGUGACUGUGUGGGCAAAAAAACUGGUCAUUAUCCCGAUCCAAGCUCUGCGUGUCAGAAAUAUUUUGUCUGUAAAGAUGGUAUAAAGUUACAAACAUUAUCUUGUCCCGUGAACCAACUCUUCAAUGGCAAUCUCUGCGUCCCUCUGUAUAGUCAUUCCUGUUCCAAUCAUUCGAAAAGAACCAACGAUCAGCCAAAUAGAAAUAUUCCAUUAAGGUAUUUGCUAGAAGAGGGUGAAGUAAGCAGCAGUACUAUUUUAGAUACUUCCAACUCAUUUUCUUUGAAUUUAUUCUCGGAACCAAAGGCUGUUAAGUAUUUUGAUCAUAAUGACAGUCAUGAGCUGACGGAUGAAAGUAUUGAUAAUUUAGUGUUGAUUAAAUACGCAAGAGAGUCAGUAGGAAAUACUGCAUGUUUAAAUCUUCCGUCUGGAAGCUAUACAAGUAUAGCUUCUCGGUGUCAGCAGUAUCUAGAGUGUGGGAAACAUUCCAAGUGGUCGGUGUGCCCAUCACACUUGCUCUUCAGCCCUGUCAGCAAGACAUGUGAGCAGCAGAGUCACAUGAUGUGCCCCGCCCACAACCCCUGCCAGCACCUUCGUGAUGGCGUUCACGGCGACGUCAACAGCCAGUGUAGAGUCUUCUAUACCUGUCUUAACCAUCGUAUGCACUUGGUAUCAAUGUGUCCCGAGGGUCAAGCCUUCAACCAGGCUGGUGGAGAGUGCCAGGCAGCGAGUCAAGUGGUGUGUGGUGGGGAGACUUCACUGACUGUUACGUAGCCCUACUACUGUCACUCCACUCACCCCCAUCACACAUCCAUUUAUCGUUCUGCACAUCCUCAGGCGUUCUCUUCUUGCCAAUUCAAUACGUCACCUCCGUUUCAUUGUACCGAAGAGUUUGCUUUCACUGUUAGUCGUUUAGGAUCGUAGCGUGUGUUCUGGUGAAGGUGUGACGCCGCAGCCGUGGCUUAACCUUACCUGGGCAAGUUAUGCUGAUGGUGAGGGGCCAGGGCGUUAAUACCAGACUGAUGUCAGGUCAGGUAGUGGCAGCUCUGCUCGCAUCAGCUGGGGGUGAUAACCAAGUCAUGAGCCCCAGACUAAUGUCGGGUUAGAUGGUGGCAGCUGUGAUGGCAUGAGUUGUGGUGAGCGCCCUGGCAGGCCCGGCAGGUAGGCACGUCAUGACCAUGGCAGUAGCCAGCAUGUUAGAAACGUUUGUAUAGUACAAGCUAAACUUGUAGGCAGUUUUCUGCCCAGCUACACCCUUUAUAUUGUAAUGAUAAUUACUAUUUGUACUUUCUGUGAAAGACUGCUAUUGAUAUUUCGUGUUUACUAAUAGUGUUACAGGUCAAAUAUAUUUUUCCAUAUUAUGUACGACCAUAAACCAAAAUAUACAUUGUGGUUGAUUUGUAUAUGUAAAUUGUAUCGUGUAUGUGGUCAUCGUUUUAAUAUUUAUUCUAUUCGUGACA